AAUAGAAAGGAACGAAGCCAGCCCUGAAACAGCAAGCAAACCGACAGGGCGACGGAAAUAAAGAAGCCCAGAGGAGCUGAUGGAGGGAGAGGUGCACACGGAGGACAUGUGAAGAGCACAGCGGCCAGGGAUUCGCUUUCUCUGUUUCUUUAUUGGUGGAUUGUAUCGAACCGGAUUCCGGCAUGAACCCCGCAGAAGCGGCCGAGGAGGCGCCCAGCGACCCCGACACUGAUGCCUUCUACAAAACAGGUUCCCUCAGGACCGAAGGCAUAAAGGCAUCUGAUGUUUUGCCUGUGCUAAAGGAGAAAGUUGCCUUCGUGUCGGGUGGCCGCGAUAAAAGAGGAGGACCGAUUCUGACAUUUCCCGCCAGGAGCAACCACGACCGAAUAAAACAGGAGGAGCUGAGACGCCUGGUCACCUACUUGUCUACUGUCCCCAGCGAAGACGUCUGUAAACGAGGAUUUACUGUCAUCAUCGACAUGCGAGGAUCAAAGUGGGAGCUGAUCAAGCCUCUGCUGAAGACAUUGCAGGAGUAUUUCCCAGCUGAGAUCUGUGUGGCUCUCAUCAUAAAACCAGACAACUUUUGGCAGAAACAGAAGACCAACUUCGGAAGUGCAAAGUUCUCCUUCGAGACCAGCAUGGUGUCGGUGGAAGGUCUGGCCAAACUGGUGGACUCCUCACAGCUAACUGAAGACUUUGAAGGCUCUCUGGACUACAACCAUGAAGAGUGGAUAGAGCUGAGGGUGUCUCUGGAGGAGUUCAUGUCCAACGCUGUUCACCUGCUUUCUAGACUAGAGGACCUUCAGGAACUUCUGUCAAAAAAGGACUUUCCUGCAGAUGUAGAAGGAUCCCGGCAGUUAAUAGAGGAGCACACACAGCUAAAGAAAAAGGUGCUGAAGGCUCCAGUGGAGGAGUUGGACCGGGAGGGCCAACGAUUGCUCCAGUGUAUUCGAUCCAGUGAUGGAUUUUCUGGAAGGAACUGCAUCUCAGGUUCUGCUGACUUUCAGAGCCUGGUGCCUAAGGUGGCCAGUCUGCUAGAAAAGCUCCACUCCACAAGGCAGCACCUCCAUCAGAUGUGGCAUGUCAGGAAGCUGAAACUGGACCAGUGCUUCCAGCUGCGCCUCUUUGAGCAAGAUGCUGAGAAAAUGUUUGACUGGAUCAGCCACAACAAGGAGGUGUUUCUGCAGAGCCACACAGAGAUCGGUCGCAGUUACCAACAUGCUGUGGAGCUGCAGACACAACACAACCACUUCGCCAUGAACUCUAUGAAUGCCUACGUCAACAUCAAUAGAAUCAUGUCGGUUGCGAGCCGCUUAGCAGAGGCCGGUCACUAUGCUUCCACGCAAAUCAAACAGAUCUCCAGUCAGCUGGAUCAGGACUGGAAAAGUUUUGCUGCUGCACUUGAUGAACGCUCUACUAUUCUCGCCAUGUCUUCUGUCUUCCACCAGAAGGCUGAGCAGUUCCUGUCAGAGGUGGAAGCCUGGUGUAAAGUCUGCAGUGAGGGAGGCUUACCAUCCGAGAUGCAGGAGCUGGAAAUCUCCAUCCAUCGCCACCAGAGCCUGUAUGAGCAGGUGACCCAGGCCUACACUGAGGUGAGUCAGGAUGGGAAAGCUCUCUUGGAUGUCCUGCAGAGACCUCUGAGUCCAGGCAACUCUGACUCUCUGACAGCGACGGCUAAUUACUCCAAAGCGGUUCACUGCAUCCUUGAUGUGGUGCAUGAAGUUCUUCACCAUCAGAGGCGGCUGGAAAACAUUUGGCAGCAUCGAAAGGUCCGACUGCACCAGAGGCUGCAGCUGUGUGUGUUCCAGCAGGAUGUGCAGCAGGUUUUAGACUGGAUAGAAAACCACGGUGAAGCUUUCCUCAGCAAACACACAGGUGUUGGGAAAUCCCUUCAUCGAGCCAGAGCCCUGCAGAAACGGCACGAUGACUUUGAAGACGUAGCCCAGAACACAUACACUAAUGCAGACAAGCUGCUGGAGGCAGCGGAGCAGCUGGCACAGACAGGAGAAUGUGACCCUGAGGAAAUCUACAAGGCAGCCAGACACCUGGAGGUGCGGAUCCAGGACUUUGUUCGGCGGGUGGAGCACAGGAAGCUGCUGCUCGACAUGUCUGUCUCCUUCCACACACACACCAAGGAGCUGUGGUCGUGGAUGGAGGAGCUACAGAAGCAGCUUCUUGAAGAGGUGAGCUGCGACUCAGUGGACUCGGUCCAGACUCUGAUUCAACAGUUUCAGCAGCAACAGACGGCCACGCUGGAGGCGACGCUUAAUGUGAUUAAAGAAGGAGAGGAGUUAAUGCAGCAGCUCAGAGAUGCAGCCAUGUCGACCAGCAAGACUCCACACUGCAGUUCCAUCACGCACAUCCAGGGGGUGCUGCAGCAGCUGGAUGAGGCCCAGGGCCAGAUGGAGGAGCUGUUUCACGAACGCAAAAUCAAGCUGGACAUUUUUCUUCAGCUGCGCAUCUUUGAGCAGUACACACUAGAGGUGACAGCAGAGUUGGACGCCUGGAACGAGGAUCUGUCUCGUCAGCUGAAUGACACCAACCGCUCAGGCGGCAGCAGCAGUAGCAGCAGCAGCACCAACAGCUCCUCCUCAGGCGGUGCUGAGGAUAUAAACCUGGCAGAGCAGCGGCUGAAAAGGCAUGCAGAGAGGAAAGCUGCCAUGAACAACAUGAUCUAUGAAGUGAUGCAGCAGGGUCAAGACCUCCACCAGUACAUCAUGGAGGUGCAAGCGUCAGGGAUUGAAUUAACAGGAGAGAAGGACAUGGACUUGGCCUCUCAGGUGCAGGAGCUGCUUGAGUUCCUCCAUGAGAAGCAGCAGGAGGUAGACAUCAGCGCGCAGCACACACUCACACGGCUGGAGCAGACCCUGCAGCUACGCCACCUGCAGGCUGAGGUUAAACAGGUACUGGGUUGGAUCCGUAAUGGUGAGUCCAUGUUGAAUGCCAGCAUGGUAAAUGCCAGCUCUCUGUCUGAGGCCGAACAGCUGCAGAGGGAGCAUGAACAGUUCCAGAUGGCCAUAGAGUCUCUCUUCCAUGCCACCUCCCUCCAAAAGACUCAUCAGAGUGCUCUACAGGUGCAACAAAAGGCUGAGAUGAUGCUGCAGGCAGGUCACUAUGAUCCUGAGGCAAUUCGAAGCUGUGCUGAAAAGGUGGCUGUCCACUGGCAGCAGCUGAUGCUGAAGAUGGAGGACCGGCUAAAGCUGGUCAAUGCCUCUGUUGCCUUCUACAAAACGUCAGAGCAGGUGUGCAGUGUGUUAGAGAGCCUGGAGCAGGAGUAUCGCCGGGAUGAAGACUGGUGUGGCAGCCAUGACAAACUUGGGAGUUCAGUAGAGAGUGAACACCUGCUGCCUCUGAUCAGCAAGCACCUGGAGCAGAAAGAAGCCUUCCUGAAGGCGUGCACACUGGCUCGAAGGAAUGCUGAGGUGUUUCUGAAAUACAUUCACAGAAACAAUGUAAGCACACCUGGAGCUGCAGGCCACGCUAGAGGACCUGAGCAGCAAGUUAAAGCCAUUCUGAAUGAGCUGCUGCAGAGGGAGAACCGGGUACUGCACUUCUGGACGCUGAAGAAACGAAGGCUGGACCAGUGUCAGCAGUACCUGGUGUUCGAACGCAGCGCCAAACAGGCUUUGGACUGGAUCCAGGAGACAGGAGAUGUUUACCUCGCUACACAUUCAUCACCUGGGGACAGCAGUGAGGAAACACAGCAGCUGCUCAAUGACUACCAUCACUUCAGACUUUCUGCUAAGCAAACUAAGGAGAAGGUGAAGCUUCUGAUCCAGUUGGCAGACAACCUGGUGGAAAAAGGCCACGCCCAUGUGUCAGAGCUGAAGCGCUGGGUCAGCACGGUGGACCGCCGGUACAGGGACUUCUCACUUCGCAUGGCCAAAUAUCAGGAGAGCCUUGAGAGGAGCCUUGGUGUCAGCUCUGAGGGCAAUAAAGACCUGGAGCUGGACAUCAUGCCUGCGAGCUUGACAGAUGACCCUGAGGUCAAACUGCGUGAUCCAAACCAUGAGGUCAAUGAGGAGAAAAGAAAAUCGGCUAGAAAGAAAGAGUUCAUCAUGGCCGAGCUGCUGCAAACAGAGAAGACCUACGUCAGGGAUCUCCAAGAGUGUCUAGAAACCUACCUGUGGGAGAUGACAAGCGGUGAAGAGGAGAUUCCUCCAGGCAUCGCCAACAAGGAGCAGAUUAUUUUUGGCAACAUGCAGGAGAUCUAUGACUUCCACAACAAUAUUUUCCUGAAGGAGCUGGUGAACUAUGAGCAGCUUCCAGAGGAUGUGGGCCACUGCUUCGUCACCUGGGCUGAUAAGUUCCACAUUUAUGUGGACUAUUGCAAGAACAAACCCGACUCCAGUCAGCUUAUCCUGGAGCAUGCUGGCAGCUUCUUUGACGACAUUCAGCAGAGACGUGGGCUGGCAAACACUCUCAACUCCUACCUCAUCAAACCUGUCCAGAGGAUCACAAAGUACCAACUUCUGCUGAAGGAGUUGCUGUCUUGCUGUGAAGAGGGUAAAGGGGAGAUCAAAGAUGGUUUGGAGGUGAUGCUCAGUGUUCCUAAGAGAGCGAAUGAUGCCAUGCAUUUAGCCAUGCUGGAGGGGUUUGACGAGAACUUGGAGGUGCAGGGUGAGCUGAUCCUCCAGGACAGUUUCCAGGUUUGGGACCCACGCGCGCUGAUCCGUAAGGGGCGUGACCGACACCUUUUCCUGUUUGAGUUUUCAUUGGUCUUCAGCAAAGAGAUCAAAGACUCUGCAGGAAGAACCAAGUACCAAUACAAGAACAGACUACUGACAGCAGAGUUGGGGGUAACCGAGCACAUAGAGGGCGACCCAUGUAAAUUUGCUCUGUGGGCAGGAAGAACCCCCUCUUCUGAUAAUAAAACUGUGCUAAAAGCAUCCAGCAUGGAGGCCAAACAGGAAUGGAUAAAAAACAUCCGUGAGGUGAUCCAAGAGAGGAUGACUCACCUGAAGGGGGCGCUGAAGGAGCCCCUUCAUCUACCUAAAACACCAGCACUGAACAAACCUAGGAAUUACACAAAGAGGGAGGGAGGAGAAGAUGGAGACAGUCAGGGAGAUGGCAGCAGCCAACCAGAUACCAUUUCCAUUGCCUCCAGGACGUCCCAGAACACUGUGGACAGUGACAAGCUCUCUGGUGGAUGCGAGCUGACGGUGGUCCUGCGGGACUUUACAGCAGGAUGCAGCACAGAGCUGUCCGUCAGCACAGGCCAGACUGUAGAGCUGUUGGAGCGGCCCACAGAGCGACCCGGCUGGUGUCUGGUCCGGACCACCGACCGCAGCCCACCACAAGAAGGGCUGGUUCCAAGUUCAACUCUCUGUGUGUCUCACUCACGAUCCAGUGUUGAGAUGGACGGCUUCUUCAGCUCGGGGAAAGAAAACUACCAUGUCAGCAGUUCCGACAGAAAGACUGAGUCUGUAGCAAACCUGCAGCCUCAGCCGUCCCUCAACUCGCUUCAGUCGAACUCUCCAGGUCCCAAACGUUCUGGAAACCCCCUGAGAAAGUGGCUGCCGAGUUCAGGACGCAGGAUCAGCUCUAGCAAGAAACCCCCCAGUACUAAACGAGGGAAACCAGAACCUGGUUUUGGAAGAGAUGGCAGUGGAAAGGCCAAUGAACUCGGUCAGCCUGGAAGGGAGGACAUGGGAGAGAGAGUAAACAUCAAGGACGGAAACCCACUAUCCAAGCCAUCUCCCGGGAUACACAGUGGUGGGGAGGAGGAGCCAGAGCCAGAUGAUGAGCCCCACCUUCCUCUUCCUCCCCCCAUGGAGAUCAUGAAGGAUCCCUCAGCUCCAGAAGACAAGUCUUCGUCCUUGUUAACUUCUCUGCAGUCGUCCUCUGACACCCCCAGCGCUGCAGAGCUGGUUAGCGCCAUAGAGAAACUCGUUAAAACCAAGAUGACUGUGGAACCGUACCCAGGCUUCAUCGCUCCAUCUGUACCGGAACAAGAGACUUCAGCCCAGGCUCGAAACUCUGAACUGGACCAGAAAGCCAAAGCUAUGAGACACCGGACGUUUGUUCUAAACGAGCUCAUUCAGACAGAGAAGGACUACGUCAAAGACCUGGGUACUGUGGUUGAGGGCUUUAUGAAGCGGAUCGAAGAGAAGAGCGUUCCAGAGGACAUGAAGGGAAAGGAGAAAAUAGUAUUUGGAAACAUUCACCGAAUUUAUGACUGGCACAGAGACUUUUUUGUAGGAGAGCUGGAGAAAUGUGUUGAUGAAAACGAGCUCCUCCCUGAACUCUUCAUCAAACAUGAGAGAAGACUGCACAUGUACGUGGUUUACUGUCAGAACAAACCCAAAUCAGAGUACAUCGUUGCAGAAUAUGACAAAUACUUUGAUGGCAUCCAGCAGGACAUUCAGUCCAAACUGAGCAUUAGUGACUUCCUCAUCAAACCCAUCCAGAGAAUCACCAAGUACCAGCUGCUACUAAAGGACUACCUGAAGUACAGCUAUAAGGCAGGCAUAGACUGUAAACAAAUUGAGAAAGCUGUCGAGCUUAUGUCUGAGGUUCCUAAACUGUGCAAUGACAUGAUGAAUCUGGGCCGGCUUCAGGGAUACGAGGGAAAUCUGGCCAAUCAGGGCAAACUACUGCAGCAGGAAACUUUCUUCGUGACUGAGCAGGAUGCUGGUGUCCUGUCACGAUCCAAAGAACGCAGAGUCUUCCUCUUUGAGCAGAUCGUCAUCUUCAGUGAGCUGCUCAGGAAAGGCUCAUCCACACCUGGCUACCAGUUCAAAAAGAGCAUUAAGGUGACUAACCUGGGUCUAGAGGAGACUGUCGAUAACGACCCAUGCAAGUUUGUCCUGUGCUCCCGCGGCUCGUCAGAACGUUUCACUCUGCAGGCCGCCAACGUCGACAUCAAGCAGGUGUGGGUUGGGCACAUUCAGAACAUCCUGGAUGCUCAGAACGACUUCCUGUCAGCUCUGCAGUCUCCCAUCGUGUACCAGCAGGGUCAAAACAAAGAGAGCGGCUCAUCUCUGAUCAGGCGGCCCUCCUCAUCGGGGAAUAGGCCAUCUUCAUCCUCUCACAGCCGGCCGUCCUCAGCCCUCGGCUUCAGUGAUAAGGACAUGGAGAGAGGGAAGAGCCCAUUAAAAGUGUCUACCUCCAAUGGCGGCUCAUCUUGCUUUGAGCCCAGUCAUGAUGAUGGCGGUUGUAAUGGUCUUUUCUCCAACAUGCGCGUCACUCAGGACUACUCUGCACUCAAAGAGAAUGAAAUCUGCGUCAGUAGAGGAGACGUGGUCCAAGUCCUGGCCACCAAUCAGCAGAACAUGUACCUCGUUUUCCGGCCAGCUGACAGCCAAUCACCUGAUGCCGAGGGCUGGUUGCCGGGGCACGUUCUUGGCCCAUCAACAAAGCCCAUAAAAGACUCUUUCUCAACUUCCUCCUUCCCGACAGCUGUGGCAGAUGCCAACAACAUCAAGAAGUCUUUGUCAUGGAACACACUGCGUGCCAGGAAGCGUGCCGAAACCAGGGACGGGUCCUUUCUGGGUUUCAGGAGUCAAGAAAACAGCCUCCUCCGUAAACCCAAAGAUGGCACAGUCACCCCCCUCCCACUUGCCCUGCCAAGUUCCAGCCACAAGGCAAAAGACCUGCACACUUCAGAUGAGUCAGAAAGUGAGGAAGACCUUGACCCAAAGACAGGCAUGGAGCUUCUCAACCCAAACUUCAUCCAGGAAGUGGCCCCAGAAUUCCUGGUACCGCUAUCGGAUGUGGUGUGUGCUUUUGGGGAGACGGUUGUCCUCUGCUGUAAAGUCUGUGGACGACCUAAACCCUCUGUAACCGUGAAGGGCCCUGACCAAAACUUGGUGACUAGUAACAGCCGCUUCACCAUUGAUAUCAGGGAUACUGGUGACAUCUUGUUGAAAAUCUGUAAUUUGAUGCCUCAGGAUACAGGUAUCUACACCUGUGUUGCCGUUAAUGAUCAUGGCUCUGCUUCUUCCUCCGCCUCCAUUAAAGUACAAGGUAUCCCAGCAGCCCCGGGGAGACCACUGGCUCAGGAAGCGAGCAGCACAACAGUGCUAGUCCACUGGCCACCUCCAGCUUCAUCUGCUCACUGCGCCAUCACCAGUUAUGCUGUAGAGUACAGGCAGGAAGACUCAUUCCUGUGGCAGCAGGCAACCAGCUGCAGGGAGGAGUGUGUCCAGAUCGAUAAUCUUAUUCCUGGAGGUCACUAUCAAUUCAGGGUUCGAGCAUCGAACCGCUGGGGUGUUGGCCCACCAUCCCAACCUUCAAACAUGGUCACACUGGGCAGCUGCAACUCUGGGUGUGACGGAACAGGGAUUCAGUGGAAAGAAAAUUUUGAGUCAGCCUUCACUGAAAUCUGCGAGAUCGGAAGGGGUCGCUUUUCAGUCGUGAGAAAAUGUUUCAACAAAUCGACAAGGAAAGAGGUUGCAGUAAAGUAUGUGAAUAAGAAAAUGCAGAAGAAAGAGCAGGUAGCUCACGAGGCAGACAUUCUCCGGCACGUACAGAAUCACCAGCUGGUGGCACUGCUUGACACAUAUGAGUCUUCUGCCUCUCUGAUGCUCAUCCUGGAGCUACUGGAAGAUGGACGUUUGCUUGAUUACCUGGUUGCCCAUGAUGAGCUGAUGGAAGAGAAAGUGGCGUUUUUCAUCAGAGAAACUUUGGAGGCUUUACAGCACAUUCAUACCUGCAGGGUGGCACAUCUGGAUCUCAAGCCUGAGAACAUCAUGGUAGAUCUUAGAGCUCCGACUCCAUCUGUUAAGCUCAUUGACCUUGGCGAUGCCAUCCAGCUCUCUGCUAACCGCCGAUAUGUGCACCUCUUACUUGGAAACCCUGAGUUUGCAGCCCCUGAGCUCAUCCGAGGCACACCGGUCUCUGUUGCGACAGAUUUGUGGAGCGUGGGUGUGCUGGCCUAUGUGAUGCUCAGUGGUGUAUCUCCAUUUUUGGAUGAAUCACCAGAGGAAACAUGCGUAAACAUUUGCCGCUUGGACUUUUGUUUCCCAGAUGAAUACUUUCAUCAUGUGAGUCAGGCAGCCAGGGAUUUUGUGUUGUCAGUGCUGCAGGAGGAUCCUAGGAAGAGGCCUAGUGCUACUUCAUGUUUACAACACCCAUGGGUGGGCCGUGGGGGUGCUCAAGGAGGUGAGUAUUCUAAGACGCCUCUGGACAGGUCGAGGCUGGCCACGUUCAUCGACCGUAGAAGACAGUUACAUGAUGUUCGUACCAUUACCAACAUCAAAGGUUUGGUGAGCAGCAGUAUGGGCAACACACUGUGACGGAGAGAUCAAUGAACAUUUAGUCCAUCUGUGAGCGCCAACACUAAAAUGUCUUUACUAUUUACUGUCAUAUGGACAUAUGAAUGGAAAAGGUUCCUGUUUGGUCCAACAUUUAAUAUUCUUGGUUCUGUAUGGGUGUCUCUUUAUAUAUUUGCAUAAGUUAUUUAUUUCACAACCUCUUAAUUUAUUAUUUUCUGUCUUUGUUUUAAAAAUCCAUUAUAACCCAAUAAAAAUCAACUCAGCUAUGUAGAGAGAAACCAUAGAAACACACUCUGGGAUCACUAAAAAGGAGGAGUCAGAGCUUAGUUACAUUGUUAAUAUUUACACCAAGAUUUACUGGUUUUAAAUAUAGCAGAGAAGCUGAAGUUAUUUUUCAUGUAAAUUGUUCACACCUUACAGAAAACAUGAAACUUUGACAAGUCAACAAGAAUCCUCUAAGCUUUCUUCAUUAUCCCUGAUAAAGAAGUGUAAAACAAAUCCUUAAAAUAUGCAGUAGCAUAAUCUCACCCUUAAUAAUUAUAAUUUUUUAUCAUUAUGCAAAUUCCAAAUAUUCACUGGGGAAAAAGUUAGCAAUAAGAAAUAAUUGUUUUUGAGCAAAAUCACAGGUAGCACAGUUAUUGUUACCCUGCUGUUAAUAUAACCCUUUUACAACUAUUUAUUCAAAUGUUUUGGAUCAUCAAUCUUUUGAAAGUUCCAAUGAUGACCUGUUUUUACAUUACAUACUUUAAAGGCACAGACCAUCAAAUUAUUAUUAAAAAAUGUUUCAAAGAGAAAACGAUGCAUCCUAAAAAGGAUCCCAGAGUCUUUGGAAGACAACAGUAUCACAGAUCCUCCUCCUAUACUUGGUGGGCAUGAGGUGUUUCUCUAUGUACUCUAUAUUUUUUUGUUUCAGGGCAAACAAUCACUUCCUGUGUUUAUUGCCAAAAAGCUAAAUUCUUAGUUUUCAGUUUAGAAAACUCAAAAUGUUUGUAUUUGUAAAAGUAGAAUGGAAAAUGAGUGUUAUAGAAACAUGGUGCCCACAAGAAUAAUAAUGAGGAUAAUAUUCAUAUCUAAAUUGAAUAUGGGAGUCAUAGGAAGAUGCUAUUUUUUGGGGUCAUAUUUUUCCUUAAAGUAGUAAUGCAGCUAAGGUAAAAUGUAGAACUGUUAACAAAUCUGAUCCCUAGCAGCUCUGUUAUUGGUUUGCAAUACAUGUCCAUCAGAAUACAGUGUACUGUUGCUCCAGGGCACACAGAAGGCACUGAGUUCUGGAGCCAGCUCACUCUGUAUGCUGUGGUACAGAGCUGGGCUUAGUGCUGAUUUUUUUUAUCCACCCUGCUGUGAUGAGAAUGGAAAGCACUUCUUAUUAUCAAACAUUAUUUUUGGAGAAGGAUUUGUAGGAUUUGUUUAGAUUAAUUGAAAAAAUGGAACGAUGCAGUACUUUACAUCAGCUUAAAAUAGUUGUUCUGGUUCUUUCAGUAAGCAGAGUGGAUGAAGCUCUUAACUAAGAGUCAGUCCCAGCCUAAUGCACCCAGGUUUUCUUUAACAUGCAUUUAAGGGUAGUUUUAUUUGUGUAUAAAUAAUUAGAUCUGGGAAGGACUGGGAAGCAAUGUUAUUUUUCUGUUGGAUGGUACAGCACCUGGACGUUUUGCGGCAGUCUCUUUUCAGUGUUAAAGACUUAAAAUCAGGUUUUCACAAAAUCACCAAUGUAACAUAUAAAUUUAUUUUGUUAGAAUUAUUUAAACUUAACUGAAGACAGGUCCAGCAGAAAUGCAUGGUGUGUUUUAAUAGAAUAUGGUGUUAUCCAUGAUAUGAUAAAAACUACACACAACUACAGGUUGCAAACAGUUAGAUUAACAGUAGAUUGUUUUUGUACUCCUGUAUAGGCUUCUGUUGGACAGUACCUUCAAGUGUAGUUAUGAAUGUGAAGAUUUUGUUUUGUUUGGCACUGUGCAAAGAUAAAAAAAAGAUCAUUUGUUUUCCCUUAUAUUCAGCAGCUAGAGUUUAUACAGGACCAUUGGAUCAAAUGGAAGAAUAGGAAGAGUGCCUCCUCACGUCAUGCUGCUGUUUAUAAAGAUACUUUUUGUGUAGAAUUGUGGCAUGUAGUUUACAGAACAGCAGAACUGCCAGCAAUUGUCUCCAUAUAAAACCACCUGGGAUGGGUUUAAAAUCAGGUUAUAAAUGUAUUUGUUUUCAGGAAAGUCAAACUUAAAUCACUGGUACAAAAACGAGAUCCAUUUUCACAGCUAUUGGGUCAAACAUCUCCAGCCUCUACCGGCCACUGUUGCAAAAGUCCUGCCUGUUUUGUGGUGAUGUCACUGCUUGGCUGAUUUUUAAGGCGGAUGUUUACUGUUCUGUUCCAAGUUAAUAAUGAAUGUAUUUCUUAGAGAAUGUGUUCUGUAAGUAUUGUGUCGUCAUAGACCACUGUCCAUAUAUCACGAGUACCUUAGGAAGCAUUCAGUGUACUGCAGUAGAAAGCCUUUAUUUCCAAGCAGAUGACUCAGUUGUACAGUAGUAAGCAACAGAAAGUUUUAUUGAUGUCAACAUCCACUAAAAUGUGUGUGUGUUCUGUGUUCAUGAGUGCAGCUGUAAAAAGAAAUGUUCAGGUUUGGACAAUGCUGGUGGAUUUCAGUCAGAUCUGUUUAGCGCUGUUACUCAUACAGUAGACCAUUUACACACACUUCAUCAUAUUCAAUGGGAAACAGCAGCUUUGAUUGUUUGGUAGUAAAAUGUGAAACAGUAUAUGUGAGAUUCUCCCUUCUUUGAGUUACUGCCCAUAAACACCCAAUAAUAAUAAAAGCUGCAAGCAGUAACACUGGAUACUAACACCUACAGAUGAUUUAAAGGGUGCCCAUGGUCAAGGAACAUUGUCAGUAAGAACAGUCAUAGUAAAAAACCAAAGCAACCCUCUGUCACUACCAGCACUUUCAUGCAUGAAGGAUCUGGCUUUUAAAAGUGUAGCGUCGAUAUAAUACAUUAAACUAUAUAAAUAAAUAAAAAAGAAAUUAGAUUCUUAAUUUGUCAAAAAUCCAUCUGAAGAAUAAAUUCUGUCCUUCCAACUAAACAAAUUACAACACAGUUUUAAAAAAGGCAAGCAGAUUCUGUGUAUUACUCAGAUUAAGAUUUCUUUAACAUAAAAAUAAUUACACUUAAAUACAUUAUUGUAAGAAAAACUGGGAACAAGAAAGUAACACAAUAAAAGAUUAUAUUAAUUAUUCAUCAAACUUAUGUCUGCUUCCAGAUUAUUUAAGUGAAAAUACACUCAGUCAAAUAUGAAAUAAAAAUGAAAAGUUAAUUUUACUCCAGACACAACAGAUGACCUGUUUUAUGAAACUGAACAUUCAAAAUAUAAUCUGAGCUGGUUAAAGUCUGACAUUUAUCAACCAUUUUUUGGUGUCUCAAAAGUUUAAAGGAAGGGCUUGUGGCCUAAUUAUGGGAAGAAUUAUCUGCCGUUAAAAGGUGAUGGAUUCAAAGUUUCAAUAUUAUCUUUGAUUUCUCAGCUUCUCACAUCAGCAAGAGCAGUUCUUUCUCCCAAAAGAUCAAUUUCAAGGGGUAAUUUGUUUUUAACAUCUUAACAUGCUCAUAAUUACUUAAACUCUUAUAACUGAUGGAAUAAAACAAGCAGAAAAAGUUUCAUAUAAAGGAACUUCAGGCAGAACCGAGCCAAUGUAGCUGCCAUCAACACUGCUUGCUGUUUUCAAUGCCUUUAUCUCAUCAAAGUGCAUUUAACAUCCAAUAAGAAAGAAGAAUGUUGCCUUAUCAGCAGGUAGGCUUGAACACUUGAAGGUCACUGAAGUAGGACUACAAGGAGAAAUGAUGAGAUGGGGAAAAGAUUUGACUUGUUUUCCCUGAAAUGACAAAGUGUUGGAUCUAUGGUUCUGGUAGUUUCCUGCAAAAUUCAAUGCAUUCAUCUGCUCUAAAAGAGCUUGGGCCCUUCCUCUAGCAUAUCUUAGCACUCAGGGUCUUGAUGAGGUAAAAGGUAAAUCCAUUCUAGAGUAUUUUAGUAAUGUUCAAUAAUCAAUGAAGUUCAAGUUGUUUGCCGGUUACAUAUUUGCGUAAAUCACAAGACAACCGAGUCCCUGCUCUGGACUUUUCACUUUCAGUCCUUUUAUUAUUGGAUAUGAGAAAGCCUGUUGAAUAAACCUCAGGUUAUCUUCUUUAGCAAACUGAACUAGUGACGAAUCCACAAUCCACAAUGCAUCUUUCAUAACUUGUUAAGCCAUGCUGUGCUGUCAAACCUUGUAAAAUACUGUUUAUGCUGAGCUUCAUAGAGAACAUGCUGAUGCUUCGUGCAGCUGUGCAACGCAGUACACAUCUGUACAGGUUUCCUGCUCCAAACAACCUGUUGGUUUGUUACUCUUUCCAAAUAAACGACCUGCCUAUUUGUAUA